AGAAAAUGAAAACACUAGCAGAAAGGAGGAGGAGUGCUCCAUCUCUUAUCCUGGAUAAAGCCCUGCAAAAAAGGCCUAGUACCAGGGAAAGUCCUUCUGCUAGCAUCGACACGUGUGCAUUUCUGUCAUCAUCUGUGUGCUCCAAUAGGACUCUGCUGAUUGAUGGCCGGGUAGAACUCAAAAGAGGCCUGCAGAGGCAGGAGCGGCAUCUCUUCUUAUUCGAUGACCUGUUUGUUGUGGCCAAAAUCAAAUAUAACAAUAACUUUAAGAUAAAAAAUAAAAUUAAAUUAACUGAUAUGUGGACAGCAAGCUGUGUGGAUGAAGUGGGAGAAGGCAACACCAACGCCAUGAAGUCCUUUGUUUUGGGCUGGCCCACAGUGAACUUUGUGGCCACUUUCAGUUCUCCUGAACAAAAGGAUAAAUGGCUCUCUCUCCUUCAGAGAUACAUCAAUCUAGAGAAAGAGAAGGACUACCCGAAGAGCAUUCCCCUCAAAAUCUUCGCCAAGGACAUUGGGAAUUGUGCCUAUUCUAAAACUAUAACAGUAAUGAAUUCAGAUACAGCGAAUGAAGUUAUCAGCAAGUCAUUACCAAUGCUAGGGAUAACUGGUUCUGAGAGAGAUUACCAGUUAUGGGUCAAUUCUGGAAAAGAAGAGGCACCAUACCCACUCAUUGGGCAUGAAUAUCCCUAUGGAAUUAAAAUGAGCCACCUUCGAGACACUGCACUUCUGACACCAGGCUCAAAGGACUCUACCACGCCUUUCAACCUCCAAGAGCCCUUCCUCAUGGAACAGCUACCCCGGGAAAUGCAGUGCCAGUUCAUCCUGAAGCCCAGCCGCCUGGCUGCAGCCCAGCAACUGAGUGAUUCAGGCCAGAAGACAUUUAAGAGGAGGAGAUCUAUCAUUAACUGGGCCUUUUGGCGGGGUUCUAGCACUCACCUGGACAACUUGCCCAUUUCGCCAACGUCACCUAUGCCAGGACAGCUCUUCGGAGUUUCUCUGCCAAAUAUUUGUGAGAAUGACAAUCUGCCCAAACCUGUCCUGGAUAUGCUUUUCUUUCUUAAUCAAAAAGGACCCCUCACCAAAGGCAUCUUCAGGCAGUCAGCCAAUGUGAAAUCCUGCAGAGAGCUCAAAGAGAAACUGAAUUCUGGAGUCGAAGUACACCUCGACCGGGAAUCUAUUUUUGUGAUAGCAUCUGUCUUAAAGGAUUUUCUACGAAAUAUUCCAGGAAGUAUUUUUUCAUCAGAUCUCUACGAUCACUGGGUCUGUGUGAUGGAUCAAGGAAACGAUGAAGAGAAGAUAAAUACAGUUCAAAGGCUAUUAGACCAGCUUCCGAGAGCCAAUGUUGUUCUUCUAAGGUAUCUUUUUGGGGUAUUAUACAACAUCGAGCAGCAUUCCUCAUCCAAUCAGAUGACUGCGUUCAAUUUGGCAGUGUGUAUCGCUCCAAGCAUUCUUUGGCCUCCUACUUCUUCCAGCCCAGAGCUAGAAAACGAAUUUACCAAAAAGGUUUCUCUGCUUAUACAAUUUCUGAUUGAGAAUUGCCGUAGGAUAUUUGGAGAAGAAAUCACUUCCCUCUUGGGAGAGGUUUCAGUAAGAUGUGUUGCGAGAGAGAAUGCUUCAGAUAUCUCUUGCUUCCAAUUGAAUGACUCCUCUUAUGACAGCUUGGAAAAUGAGCUAAAUGAAGAUGUUGAUGCUCCAUGCAGUGACUUGGUAAAGAAACUAGGCCAGGGUAGCAGGAGCAUGGACUCUGUCUUAACCCUCAGUGACUAUGACCUUGACCUUCCUGAAGUGGAAGGCCUUCUAACCCUGAGUGACUUUGACUUGGACCACUCUAAAGAGGAAGACGUUCAAAUGAAGCGGCCUCUUGAAUCCAAACCAGUGAGUGUUUCAUUAGUGUACACAAAGGUCCCACUGCGCGAUCAUGCCAGGGCCCCGUCUGGCAUGUGCACACUCAGCUACCUGUCCACAGCUGCAGCAGGUGCUGCCAAGAGCCUGAGACGACACCGGCGCUGCUCAGAGCCCAGCAUCGACUAUCUGGAUUCAAAGCUUUCCUACAUCAGGGAGUUUUAUCAGAAAAAGCUACGCAAGUCCAGCUGUGAUGCAAUUCUCUCUCAAAAAGAUGAAGACUAUCUGAGGCAGAAUCAACCCCUCCAGGAAGGGAGUAAAACAUACUUUAAACAGAAUUUAGUCACAGGCACUGAAAUCAGCAAGAAAAAUGCCACUAAUCAAAACAUGAGGAAGAAAAGCUUGUCUGAUCAUGAAGGAAAUCAUGUGAAACUUUUCCCUAAGUCCAAGCCAAUGGCCAUCUCUGUGGCAUCUUUUAAUCCUAUGUCCUCACAGGAUCAUUCCAAGAAUCAGCCCUUUGAUGUGGAUACAUCUGGAUACUCCCCGCCACACACAGCAGAUGCCCUCAAGAGUUCAAGGACACAUCGGCGCUGCUCAGAGCCCAACAUAGAUGACCAGCACUGCAAACUGACCUAUCUCAGGGGGAUUUAUUCAAAGAAACAACACAAAACCAGCUGUGAAGCUGGUCUCUUGCAUGGAGAGGAGGAUUAUCUGAAACGGCAUAAGUCUUUGCAAAUAGAGGGGCAAAAGCUUAUCAAUCAGAGUUUGGUCAUGGGGAUUGAGGUGGGCAAGAGCAGUGCCACCAACCAAAACUCUGAGAAGGUUUUACCCCCGAGAUUAAACCUUGGCCCAAGGACUAGCUACUCCAGCUUAUCGUCUCCAGGCACUUCCCCGUCCGGCUCAUCAGUAAGCUCCCAGGACAGUGCUUUUUCUCAGAUUUCUGAACACUCUGUGUUUACACCCACUGAAACUUCCUCUCCAAUAGAUUGCACUUUUCAGGCGCAAAGAAAACAGGAAGAGCUUUCUUCUGAGUUUAGCAGUUCCAGCCUUGUUUCUGGAAUGCCCAGUCCCUCAUCAGGGCAGGCCAGCAGCCGCCUGGCUUAUCCGAAAAAGGACACCAUGGAGUGGCACUCACACAUGCAUCCCGUAACUCUUCACCCCAGUACGUGGUUGAGAAAUGGUGUGGCCAGUCUGAAAAACUGGUCCCUCAAAAAGAAAGCAAAGGCAGCCAGACCGGAGGAGAAGAAAGUAAGUUCUCUAAAAGGACCCUUGGAGCUACCUCCACAUGCUUCUGGUGUUCCAGAAGCCAACUCGCUGCGAGAGAAACAGGAAGACAUGCCCUCAAGGGCCACGGAAGGACUGGGCACUGUGCGGUCAGUCCAAAGCUGUGGUUCUUCUCCCUGCCAGGGCUCAGAAAGACACUGUAGCCCUCCAUUCGGCCUGGUGGAGAGCAGACUCAAGCCGUGCAUGAAAUCACAUGAGGAAGUAGAGCAUGGUGGCCAAGGCUCUUCUGGUUCUCUACCCUGGGAAAGUGCCUCAGCCAGCUCUUGGCCUGUGGAGGACAUGGCCAGCCCCAACUCGGCGCCUACAGGGGUCUGUGAUGUUGGGGACAGACAGUUAACCAAAGACACUUAACAUCAAUAAGAAUCUGAUGUCUGCAAGAACAGGGACCGGGCUAAUAAUAGCAGAAAGAUAAUAAUUAUCGUGACCCUUUGUAUAAAGUACCUGGGAGAGGUAGCAUACAGAUAAUCAUUUCUAAUACUUAGGACAACAAAAUAAUUCUCUUUUUGGGACUACUUGGGAAAAAAAACCUUAUGCUAAAAAAAUUUGUUACCUAAGUCUUUGGGAGCUUUUUUUUAUUAAAGGAUGUGAUUAGUUUUGCCAUGUGGUUUUAGAAAUGCUAGCAGAGGACUAGACAAGGCAUCUUCUGUAGAGGAAGAAAUCCUUAUGUGAGGCUAGUGUCCUGAGAAGACCAGGAUUUCUCGAAUGAAGAAUAAGGGACUGGGGAGCGAGGGGAAGGGUGCAGAGAAACCAUCCACAUUCCAUGGAAUGUUUUUAAUAAGUAGGCAAGGAAAAUGUCCCUGAUCAAAGCAUUAAGAAGCAAAGCAUGUCCGGCAAUGAAGGAAAUCAUGUAAAACCUUUCCCUAAAUUUAAGCCAGUGGCCAUUUCUGUGGUCUCUUAUAGUCACAUGUCCUCACAGAAUCAUUCCAGGAACCAGCCCAUUGCUGCAGCUAGCAUGGAGAAAAGUAGAGUGAUUCAAGAGCCAUGGGUACCACCAUACCCAUUUUUGUUGUUGUUGUUGUUGGUUGUAUUUUUGUUUUUUCUUUGGUAUUGAAGUGCUUUGUAAAGGUUUCUGGAAACAAGUAGAAAGAAGGAAAUGGUUGUACAUUUCAGUGCCCUUUACAAAGGGGACACUGCUAGGAAUAUUCUCCAGAAAUGCAGCUUUUUUCUGUUGAGAAAGUGACUUCCUGGCAGCAUUCACCACCAUAAUGUGGAGGAAAAAAACCACAAUUGUCCUUUCUCAGUUACACAAAUGCUAUUACCAACAUGUGAUCAAAGCAUGGCGCCUCUUGCCGAAAUGUUUUUCCACAGCCCUGCCUCUUAGAGUAUAGUCAGCCAGAAAAAAAUUACUUAUCAAUCAUUCUUUGUCCAAUUUUGUAGUUAGACAAUUGAGAGAGCAUUUUAGAGGUUGGCAGGUUAUAAGGAGUCACAGAACAGAAUAUCCAACAGUGGCUUCCAGGUCUAUUCGCAGACAGUCAUUGGUUUUGGGUUUUCUCACUUCCUGAAGUUUUUUCAUAUUUUUGUCCCAAAUGAUUUGUGGUUUAUAGAUGGUUUAUGCCCCAUUUGUUUAUUUCAUAUCAAAGGACAUUUUUUUUCUCUCUUGACUUAAGAAGGUUACAGUGAUACAUCUCCUCACCUAGGAAGAGAUUAUCAGACCUUGCCAACCAGUAUAAAGAGAUGGCACUAAAAGUGAUGUGUGUCUUCUACUAUGUUUACUAAUUACCUAUAAGAAGUUGCUUAGAACCCCAAUUGAUCUCUUCAGUCCAUCAUUAAAUGGAUGUUUCUCCCACAGAUGAGCUUAUUCCAAGUUAUUUUUUUUUUGUCAAUCACCAGGAAACUGUCAUAGCAAAUGUCCUUUCCUUGUUGUCCUGAAAGUUGCAUUUUCAGUUACAGAGAAAAAAAUGUUUUCUCUAAGAUAAAAGUUAUUUCAGUAUUAGCUAUGGGUGCUACCUACCUCUCGGGGGCAUGGCCCUGUUUGCCCUACUCAUUAUAAUUAACUUUUAGAACUCUGUGUCCAAAGAGCUUCUUUAUGACACUGGCCAUCUCAGUCACAGGUGUGAAGUCAAGUUCACCUUAUAACUAACCACUCCCACAUAUUAAGACUCCUGAGUGUCCAUAUGCAUCUUUUGUGGUAUAAUAUAUAAAGGCAACAGGGACUCCCCUUCCUCUUAGGGCAUACUACUGUUAGAACUGCAAGAUGUGAAUGAAUCUCUUAUGGUUUGGAGUGUCUUUCUGGGAGAAAUUGCUUCCCAGCUUACCAAAAUAGUAGUUCUAGCCUUUUUAUUUCCUACUGGCAGAUAGAAAAUCAUCCACUCAAUUUGAAGCAUAGACAAAAAUAGUUGCCGAGGUUUUUUAAUAACCAUUCCUACUCUGUGUUCCCUUAGAUACUCCUGUAAUACUUAAUGUGAAUAGUUUGUUAAUAUUGCUGUAAAGUAUUAUAUUGUAUGAUUUGAAGACAGACUACAUGUCAUUUUAUUAUACUCCAUCAAUCUAUAAUAUAUUCGACUGAUGCUUUAUCUAAAUGCUUUGAGUUUGUAUAAUAUAUCUUGACAAAUUUUACUACCAUAUGUUAUGUAAUAAAUGUGUAUUUUUGUACUUGCAGAAACUGCUGCUAACUUUUAAAGUUGUUUGGUUUUCAAGGCACUGAUAAUGGCUAUGUAUGAAGUCCAUGCUCUCUGUUAAAUAAAAUGCCAUCCUGCAGAGUUAACAAUCCUA